AUGCAGACCGUAGAAGAAGGUAGCGGCGGCGAGGAGCAAAACGCACGCGUCGCGGUAAAUCCUUUGGAGUCGGAGAUUUUGAAGCUGCGUAGACAAUGGGAACUUGCUUCUGUUUUGAAUUUCUUGGAUGUGUUUUGUCCAAUACUUGGUAAAGAUAUGAAGCUGUCAGCUGAAGAAAUAGAAAUCGGGCUUAUAAAGCCUGACGCUUCACUUGCUCGACUUCAUAUUCAACUUUUGAAGUUUAAAUUCUGCUACGUGAAAAGGGAAUGGAAAGUGGUCAUAUUUUUUUCCAUUAAGUUGCAUGCAAUAUCUGGUGAGGGAACACCACCUGUGAGUAAAACACUGAAUGAUUCUGAUAAAUGGGUGACUGCACUGUGUAAGAAACUGACUAUGUGGUGGCCAUGGGUUGCUGAGGGGAAAAUUCCACUAAUACCAUCUAAAGGAGAGGAGAUAUCCAAGUACAGGGAACUUGAUCCAUCAGAUCGAUUACUGCUGCUAAAAGCGCUUUGUGAAGUUAGAGCUGAUCAACACGAUGCAGUGUCAUACAUUAAUGAAGCUUUAAAAGAAGGAACCCAAAUUACUUUUUUUCGCAAGGAUGCCUUAGGAAGAGAUGGAAUUGGCACAUCCUAUUGGUAUGAUGCAAAUGCAAAAGGUCAAAGUCACAGAUUGUACAAGGGAAUAAUCACAUCAGAUUCAAAUCCAAAGGUUAAGGUCAAAGGAUGUUUAUCACUUCCCACCAUCAACUUUCAAUGGGAAACACUUGCCUCCAAUCUUGAAGAAUUUUCAGAAGUAGCUGAGAAAUUCUCAUUCAGCCAGUCUGCUGCUGAAGUUGCUAUUGGCAAGAAGCUUCAAAGUGAUGCUAUUCCUAUUCUUGAAAAGAUGCGGAAGAAGAAAGAAAGAGCAGUAAAACAAAAGCAGAGGCAGGACAUGCUCUUAAAAGAUUCUCAGAAUUCUUUUUGUUCUGGAAAUGCACGUUCUUGUCGCACUCGAAGGCAUAUCAGUUACACAUUUGAAGCUUAUGAUCGAACAAUGAAGGAGGCAAUACAGUUAACAAAUAAAAGGAAAAGGUCUCCGGACACUGAUCAAGAUAAAAACAGAGGAUCAGAAGAUAAAUCCAACAUAGAAGAUGCUUCAACAGACAGUGAUUCCAAAGGGGAUGUGCUCCAGAUAUCUGAUAGUGAUGACACUGGUUACGAAAUUGAGAAUCACAGUAACAGUGAGGAGGAUGGUGAUAUUGAUAGUGAGGCGGGCAAUUCGGAAGCACACUCAAGCCGUGCAGUUUCUUAUCCCAAGGGGAUUCGCUGUAGUAAGCGGUUAGCUGGAGUCUCUAGGCAUACUGUUCCAGAAAGCAUAGGCUUGACUACAAAGCAAAGAUUGAGACAAAGACCCACACGCAAUUCUGCCAUAGAAUCUAUUGUACCGGAUUCAGAGGAUGAUGAAGCACAUGAAGGGAAGACAGAUUUAUCGGAGUCCAUUUAGUCCUGAUAUAUAUAUUUUUUUGGAAUACACUUAGGCCUGAUAUUAAUUUACAUUUUGGUGAAGUAAGCAAGUUUAGUAGUGAUAUAUAGUGUUUCGCCAUCUAAAUUUGAGGGAAUUGGGAAAAAAAAAAAAAAAAAAAUCCUCCUUGUAGGAUUGUACAUAUUUAUUGCUUCUCCAAAUUUUGUCUCGGAGUCCAAGAACCAAU